AUGUUCCCCACAAAGGCGCUUCUAGCGCAUGUCGACUGCCCAGAUCACCUAGAGGGCCGCUGCCAACGUCCAUCAUGUCCAUUUGGGCACGUCGCAAGGCCGCGUGCACUGCCCGACGACGAUGAUGAGCAGACGCCGGAAGAGGUUGCUGGCGGCGGCAGCAGUAAGAAGGCUGUAUCAUCGAAGGGAGGCAUCUCAGCCUCUUCCUCAGCAUCCUCCGCAUCUGCCUCGGCACAAUCCCGCCAACCUGCAGCGCAGACUGCCAGCUCACGCCCCUCCUCAACUGCGACCGGUCUACCGUCAUCAUCACCUUCGCCGUCGCUGUCACCGUCGCUGUCGUCACAGUCCACAGCGCAUCCGCGAAGAGUCGAGUCUGCGACUGCGACAACAAACGGCAUCCUCACACCACCCACCAUCCCACGAUCUUCACACCCACUCCAAUCCCCCACGGACCUCGCCUCGCGCCAAAAGACAGUCAGCUCCUUAUUCACCGCCUUCUCGUCCCUGUAUGCAGGCCUCAUACCGCAAGCACCCAGUGUCUCGAAGGUGAUGCAUCGGUAUGCGAGCGACAACGCGCUGGAGGCAGAAAGGAAGGUCUUUCGGGCAGCUGGUGUAAACAGGCUGACGUAUAGAAACUCGGCUGUGACGACCAUGGUGGGGAUCAACAAGAGAAAGACAGCAGAGGCCAACAAGAAGGGAGCGAAGGAUGAGGAAGAGAGUAUUCGAGAGCUGGGCAAGAGAGCCUGCUUGGCAGCAAUCGGCGACCAAGACAGUAUGGAGAGCUGUAUUCGAGCUGUUCUCGAUGCGUCAACUCUGAUUGGAACGGGCGACGAGGUCGAAGCCAAGGUCAAAGCGAAGGAGAAGCGAGCGCAGGGCAAGCUGACUAGGCAGCGGCUCGUCGACGCAGGCUUCUUGGCACCGAUCGAUCUGCUACGCAAGCAAGGAUAUCCUAUACCGCCGCGGAAAGAUGACCAAAGUGACAUUGAACACGACAUCGAGGAAGCCUGGGGUCGAGGUGGGAUCGAGCCGAAUGGUUCAGGAAUGAGGACAGCUUGCGACCGUUGCCAGGCGCUAUUUGAAGUCAGGUCGCUCAGCGAGGACGAUUUGCCAGACAUUGUCGAGGAGGGCAUCCGGCAGAAACUACGAGAGAGCAAGCGUGCAUGUAUCUAUCAUUGGGGGAAAAAGCGUUUCGUCAAGGAAUCCAUGAGAGGUCCGAGGGUGCCACGGUGGACAUGCUGUAACGCAUUGGAUGCAGCCACGACGAACCAGUCUCCGAGGCUAGGCCCUCACGUCUUCAAAGAGGAGAGAGUCGAAGAUCUCCACCGUCGCGAAGCUUUCCAUGCUGCCAAGAUCCCAUCCUCUUCCCGCCCGACUGGACGACAUGACAUUCUGGCCCUGGACUGCGAACUGGUUUACACGACAGCUGGUAUGUCACUGGCUCGUGCGACUAUUCUUGACGAAGCAGGAAAAGUCCUCUUGGAUCUUUACGUUCUUCCGUCAACGCCUGUUCUCGACUACAACACACGCUUCUCGGGUAUCAAGGAGUCAGACCUGGCCUCGAACAAGGCCGUCUCGCUAUCGCAAGCUCGCGCGCAGCUUGCGGGCUUGAUGCACAAAGACACUGUCCUUGUUGGGCACGGCCUCGAGAACGAUCUGGCAGCUCUCCGGCUGGUUCACGGACAUGUUGUCGACUCAGUCUUUCUCUUCCGACACCAAAAGGGCCUCCCUUUUCGGAUGGGUCUAAGGGAUCUAACAGAGAAGAAGCUUGGCAAAUUGAUCCAGAGGGGAAAUGCCGAACAGGGCCAUGACGCUGCAGAGGAUGCCAAUGCCGCCCUAGAGCUUGUCCGUUGGAAGCUGCUCAAUGAGCCUACAGACAUUCCCAUUCUUCGACCACCAAAGGAAGAAGCCGCGCCUAAUGCAGAUGAAAAUGCCUCAGGCAACCCUCCGACCGGAGGGUCUGAGAGCCUAGCAAGCGACAACAACAAUAAAGCAGGAAAGGCUCCCGUCGCCACUACCGGCCCGUCGGCAAAGGCUACGGCGAGCCUGUUUAUGCCUAAGGCAUCAAGCACGAUCAUCAGGAGAAAUUGA